AUGCAUGUCCGCGUCCGCCUCCACCCCGACACCAUGUGUCCAACGCUUACUAUGGUCAUCGGUCCUUUCGGCUACGAGGAUUGGAACCCAGCUCUAGAAAAAGUCUGGCGAGAACAGCAAGCAACAAUUCUCGAUGAGCCCCUCUCGAGUGGGUUUGGAUUAGCGACCAUCCUGGAAACCCUCCUGGAAUCCAACUUCACUCACACCACUUCACUGGCGGGGACAGCUCGUGUCUAUCACCAACAAGACUCUACGCAUGAUCGAGCAUUUGCGGCAAUUUAUGCUCCUCGUGUGGGUUGUCAUUACCUUCCUGCCAAAGCCAUGGGCACUGCGUGA